AUGAAGAUUAAUCUAAACAGCAACGCAAUAGUUUCGGUUUGUGAUGAACAUGUUGGUACUGAGUGGGGAUUCGACUUUUCUCCUUUUCGUUCUGUUGUAGAAGACCCGAAUGACGACAACAAGUCCUUUAAAAGUCCUAUUGACGUAAUUGGUUUCUUCGUUAAGAGUUUUCCUUAUGAUCUAAAAGAGGAUACCAAAGACGGGAAACAAGAAAAGAAGCUAACAUUCAUGCUUCAGGAUUUAGAAGGGAAGCAAAUAUAUGUUACUCUUUGGGAUGCUUAUGCUGAACAGAUAUUGGAUUUUGAAAGGGACAAUCAAGAUGAAAAAAAUGUGGUUGUAAUUGUUCAAUUCAGAAAAUACAGGUUCUGGGGAGGGUAUCUUUAUGUUUCAAAUCUCCACACUGUCACUCGCGUGUUGAUCAACGCUGAAAUUGAUGACAUAAUAACUUUUAAGAAGAGGUUCCUUUCAAACAUUUCCCCUGAAACGUCUUCCAGCUUUUCUGGAUUGAGUUCCUCUAGAAUCAAGUCUCCUACUGAAGAGUAUGUUUCAGAUUUUCAGUUCAGUACUAUUGGAGCUUUAAAUCAAAUUUCGGAGCAAAAGUCACCACAAAAACAAUUUCAAAAGAAAAGCAAGAUGGUUCCGAUGGGUUUUGAGGAUGUUGUGGUUCUGGAGUGUAAGGACGAUGGCUGUAACAGUAAGACUGUUUACUCCGUUCCGAGGAUCAGGGUUCCGAUACGGGUUCAGGAUUGUACAGGGAUUGUGACGCUCACCCUAUUUGAGCGUGAGGUGCUUAAGCUGUUGAAGGUUAACGCGAGUCAGCUGUUGGAUAAGAACCUUGAUUUAGCUAACGAAGGGAAUUUUCCGCCUGAACUCAAUGCUCUACUCAACAGGAAGUUUGCAUUCAAGAUAGCCAUAGGUUCUUUUAACAUACAAAACACAUCGGAUGGUUACUCUGUUUCGAAAUUAACUGACAAUCCAACCGUGAUUUCCGAACUAGAUAAGAUUUUUGAUGUCAUUCAGCCUCUUGACGAGGAGCGUGUGAAUGUUGUUAGCUCUGACAUGAAAGCAGCAGAUGAGGUCCCCGUUAAUGUGUGUAAUUUGUAUCGGGUUGUUCAUUAAAAAUGCUUCACUUUUUUUGGGGUUUUAA